AUUAAAACGAAUUUGAAAUUUUUAAAUCGGUUUUAUUCUUUUUAAUUCAAAUUUAAAUAUUCAAUUCAGUUGAAUUCUGUUUUGCAGAAUUCGACAGAAUAAAACAGAAUUAAAAUUUUUAAUUCGGUCGAAUUCAGUUGUUUAAUCAGGGUUUUAAUCUAUUUUUGAGUCAAAAUUAAUAUUUUGACGCCGGUGCCUGUCGUAUCCUACACUCGUUGUCAUUUAUGCCUGGUCCCCCAAACUAUAGAAUCUCUAUUGUCAUCCCAACAAGAGAAUGCACCUCGGGUGUCGUCGGUUUUUACUCCCACUCUGGAUGUUUUAUGUGUUAAAUAUUCUCCCACUUUUCUGUGCGCAUGCGCAGUUCAUAAAUGUUCGGUGGUGGGGGCAAUUUCCGAAGUAUAUUCUCUUACUGGGACCACUUUACCAAACCGGGGGCCAGGAAUUAAUGACAAUGAGUGUACAACGUCGCGCCCGAUAAUCGAAUGUCCGGAAAGUGGUCCAGCAUAAUAUAACCUCACAAACAAUUAUACAAAGUGGCACGUGGUCCUAAUGGGACGAUAGCUAGUAAGAAAAAAAACUUGUGGUGUUUUAUAAGUAAUGAUACAAUUACUUAGCAAUUAUAUCUGAUGUGUGUAUAUUUUAUAACCUCAAUAACUUUAAUAGUCUCAUAAUUUCAAAUACUUUGAUAGUGAAAAAUAAUACAAAAACAAGUGGUAUUUAAUACGUAGAAAAAUAACUACGUAAGUAAUUUUUGAUGAAAUAUCGUUUUUAAAAAUGGAUCGCGAACUGUUUCGAAAUUGGAAUUAUGCCAAUGGCGAUGAGUAUUCAUUAAGAAUAAGUGACAUUUCACCUUUAUACGAAGCCAUCAGAGUCAAUAACGUUGAUCUUAUUGACAAUUUAUUAAAACAAGGAGAAAACAUCAAUGGUUCUGUGCUACCUUAUGGACCAUUUGCUGGUUACACUAUACUGCAUUUUGCUUGUAUGUCUGAAGAUAAAAGUUUCGUAGAACGUUUACUUUUCGUUUACAAUGCUAAUCCUAAUACAGAAGCUAAAGAUGGUGCUCGGCCGAUUACUGUGGCUGUUUUAUCCAAAAAAAAAAGAAUUGUUUCAUUACUUUUAAGAUCUGGCGCAAAUGUCGACGAGGAGCUUAGCAACUCUAUUCAGAUAAAGUAUAAAAGUAGUUUCAAAUCUCCAGAAGAUGAGUGGUGCAAUGAUUUCGGCUCUCGAAUGACCUUAUUAACUUAUGCGGUUCUUAACAAUCAUAUUGAAUUAGUGGAUAUUUUAUUAAAAUACCAUGCUGAUUGGAAAAUAAGAAGCCGGUCGAACAAAACAUUAUUGAUGUGUGCAGUUGAUAAACUUCAGGAACAAAUCGUGGAAUCCUUGGUCAAAGUAAUGAGUAAAGAUGAACUAAACCUUCGCGACAAUGAUGGCUUUACCGCGCUUCAUUAUCUGGCAAAGAGGAAUGAAUUAAAAUGUAGAUACCACGCCAGUACAUUAAAGAGUGGACCGAUAGUAAGAAUCUUGUUGCUCCUUCUUACGGCUGGAGCUGACAUAAAUAUCAAGGUAAACGGACAUUGGGCAGAAGAUAUAUGGAUUAUACGGGAUCUACGAUUCAGGCAGGUAGUCGGUGUACCUGCUUUUGAAGAAGCAUUACUGAUUAUGCAUAAUUUACUUAAAACAGGAUUUCUACAUGGAGAGCGUUUAGGAUCAAGAAUGUCAAUAGUAAAAAUCUUAUUUGAUGAAUUAAAGAGCCACUCUAUAACUUUUGAUGGUCAAACUUUUGUACAGGUAUACAUUCUCUCCGCAAGAAGGGAUCAGUACAUUCUGAGUUACUCAGAUUACAAUUAGAGGAAGCUAAGGAACACAUUGAAAUUCUGAAUAAAUUUAAAGAGAAAUCUUUUUAUAUAA